UUAAAUAACAUAAAUAGUAAAUAUUAAUUAUUUUAUUGGGUCAUUAUGAUGUUGAUAAUUUUAAAAUUAUGUACCCUAUUUAUUUUAAGUCCAUUCAUGUAUUUGAGAAUAAGAGAGACAAACUUGAUCUUAAAAUGAAAUUCUUUGGUUGGGAAAUUAGCCAUAUGGCCAUGUGUUGAGUUGACAUGUUGUUAAUCUUACUUUACAAACACUCCAUGGCUUCAUUGAUUGCAAUUUGCAGUGUGUUCAAAAGAUCAGUGUUAAUAUAUCAUGUAAUUUGUUACAUGUAAAGAUAUUUUAGUCUUCAGCCUGUAACAUAAAGUGGACAGAACACUCUUAAUGGAAAGAGAGAGAAGGAGUGAAUUUCAUUUAUGAAACCAGAGGAAUAAACAUUUUGGAAUCAAAAUAAUAUUUGUCGAUUAUCCAGGUUAGCAAUUUGACAAAUAAAACACUAAAAAAGACUGGGCAUUACUUGUGUAAAGUUGGGAAGUUCAUUUAGAACAUAAGUAAUCCAGGAAACCAGGUGAAUUGGUCUAAGUGGUAUUGAUGAUAUAGACAUAAAUGCCUCUAAUCUAUGAGGGUCUACUCAUAUCUUUGCUGAUGUAAUCAUAUCUACGCUGAUGUACGCCAAUCAUAUAAUCGCUGAUGUAUCCCAAUCUCUGCUGAUAUACCCCAAUCUACGCUGAUGUACCACAAUCUACGCUGAUGUACCACAAUCUACGCUGAUGUUCUGCAAUCUACGCUGUUGUACCCUUAUCUACGCUGAUGUAUCCCAAUCUCUGCUGAUGUACCAAAAUCUACACUGAUGUACCACAAUCUAUGCUGAUGUAUCCCAAUCUACGCUGAUGUACCCUAAUCUACGCUGAUGUACCCCAAUCUACACUGCUGAUGCACCCAAUCUUAGCAGAUGUACCCUUUACACUGAUGUGCCCCAAUCUACGCUGAUGUACCCAAAUCUAUACUUAGGUACCCCAAUCUAUGCUGAUGCACACCGAUCUACACUGAUGUAACGUAUCUAGACUGUUGACUGCAAAUCUGCUGUAUUCAUGCUGGUACGCUGACCCACUAUCUCUUAUCAUCGCCUGACUUUGAAGUGCUUUUAGUUGAAAGGUAUCUGUAGACAAAUUACGGACAAUAAAAACUGGUGAUACACCUACCUACAAAAAUGUCUAACGCUGGUAAAAUCGCAAAAUUGAACAAGCAACAUAAUUGUGAGGUCUGUUUUAAAACAUUUCCUUGUAUUUCAACACUUGAAUUACACUUCCAUGUGCAUGAUGGAGCCCAAGUCAGGCUUCACAAAUGCAAAGAUCCACAGGGUAAGGGUAAUUUGGUUAUGCAUGCCGAAGUACAUACUGGUAAAAAAAAAUUCAAGUGUGAUUUUUGUUCAAAAACAUUUGCUCAUAAAUCUUCUCUUAGAUCACAUAUUAGAAAUCACACCAAGGAUAGUCCUUAUAAGUGUGAUAUUUGUCUCAGAGUCUUUACAUCAAAGUAUAGUUUGGGAAAACAUAAUCAGGUUCAUUCGGGUGAGAGGCCAUUUAAGUGUGAUUAUUGUUCAAAAUCAUUUAUUCGAAAUAGCCACCUCAAAGAGCAUAUUAUAAUUCACACUAGGCCUAGUGAAAAGGACUUUAAAUGUGGGCAGUGUAAUAAAGCGUUUAUAUCAAAGUAUAGGCUUGAUAUUCAUGUCAAAAACCACUCUCUUAAAAAACAAUUUGAGUGUCAAGUCUGUUUGAAAAUGUUCGCACAUAUGUCUACUCUGAAUUUACACUCUAAAAUUCAUACUGGAGAAAAAAGUUUCAAAUGCAAUGUAUGCUUCAAAACAUUUACACAAAAAAGCCAUCUCCUUGAACAUUCAAAGGUCCAUUCUGAAGUUUACGACUUUAAAUGUGACAUAUGUUCAAAACAAUUCAAACACAAAGCAAGUCUUACUACACACAUUUUACUCCAUACUGGUGGAAAGCCUUAUAAAUGUGACAUAUGUCCAAGUGCAUUUGCACAGAAGGGUAACCUUCUGAUCCAUAUGAAAAUCCACCGAGCCCAGAAGGAUUUUAAUUGUCAUAUGUGCUCAAGAAGCUUUUCCCAUAAGACUACUCUUGAUGGUCAUAUAAGAUCUCGUCAUACUGGUGAAACGCCAUAUAAAUGUGAUAUAUGUUCUAAAGCAUAUGCGCAUAAAGAAAGUCUUAAAUCACAUUCUUUAGUCCAUACUGGAGAAAAGAAUUAUAAGUGUGACACCUGCUCUAAAGCAUUUGCCCACAAGUCUAAACUAAAAAGACAUGUCAAGAUUCAUACUGGAGAGAAACAAUUCAAAUGUGGUGACUGUUCUAAAGAAUUUAGUUGUAAGGGUGACCUUGUUCGACAUAUUAAAAUGCAUACUGGAGAAAAAGAUUUCAAAUGUGAAACAUGCUCCAAAGGUUUUAUCCGUAAAUCUGAUUUUGAUCUACAUAUCUUAUCCCACACUGGAGAAUAUAAAUUUGAAUGUGACUUAUGCUCUAAAACUUUUUUACGCAAAAAUAGCUUUAAAAGGCACCGAGGCAUACAUAAUAUCGAUGGAGAGAACCAAUUCAAAUGUGAAUUUUGUUCAAAACAAUUUGCAUACAAGGGUAUAUAUCUUAUGCAUCGGCAGACACACACUGAAGAAAAGGAUUUCAAAUGUGAUAUAUGUUCAAAAGGUUUUAUACGUAAGGGUGAUCUGGAACUACAUAAAUUAGGUCACUCCGGAGGAUAUAAAUAUAAAUGUGAUGUCUGUUCCAAGACAUUUUUAUACAAGGGAAAUUUCAAAAGACAUUGUAAAAUUCAUGAGGGAGAAUAGGGCCCUUUAAAAUAUUAAUGUAUACUGUUACAAUCAAUCAAGCAUAGCUCAUUUUAAAUAUAGAGUGCUAACUUGUGUAUUGAAUGAAGCAUGCAUUGCAUUGCAUAUUAGUGUAUGGUAUAUUUACUUCGAAGUUCAACACAAAUGUUAAAUUGAUUAACCUUGUUAAAUUUUCAUUGUAUGAUAUUAAAUGUUAUAAUAUAUGAACUUGAAAUAAAAAUGAUUAAUAAAAAAAAAUGAAGCAUGCAUUGAAUGAAACAUGCAUUUGAUGAAGCAUGCAUUGAAUUAAGCAUACAUUGAAUGUAGCAUGCAUUGAAUGAAGCAUCCAUUGAAUGUAGCAUGCAUUGAAUGAAGCAUGCACUGAAUGUAGCAUGCUUUGAAUGAAGCAUGCAUUGAAUGUAGCAUGCUUUGAAUGAAGCAUGCAUUGAAUGUAGCAUGCUUUAAAUAAAGCUUCGUCAAAUAUUCAAAUUAUGUCAGAGGCAUUAAUGUUUUAGUACAUAUCUAGGAUACCCCCAUAAAUGUGGGGUUAUUUUGAGGUUUUU